UUAAUUAAUUAAUUUAAUUUUAAAAAAAAAUAAAAAAAAAACGUUGCUGCUCAACUCAAAAGCCAAUUUUCAUAAGCACUUUAUGCACUGGCCCGAAACGUAUUGAAUAUAUAUAUAUAUUUGUAUUGCUUUGAUUUUAUAUUUCAUUUCAGUUCUUAUUUGCUGUGUUUGUCUUCUGCUCUAGUGCUUUUUUCACUACCAAUACUCCCUAAAAGUAAAUUCCCUUUACCUCCUAAAAUUCUAGAGACUACUUGAGUACUUUCUUGGUUUUAGAUUUUAGAUUCUGAGGAUCAUCAUAACACACUAAUUAUUACUUAGUUAUUUAUUCAUUUAUUCAUUUAUUCAUCCAUAGACUCAUCAUAGAUAUUUUUUUUAUAAAGUUGAUUAAUUGUAAUCAUUGUAAUUCCUUAAUAAUAUAUCUAAAUCAAUAUAAAUAUCAAUGUCAAGAUUCCUUAAGUCAACCUUAGGUAAAAUUACUAUUUCUUCUGGAGCUCUUGUUGGUGCUACUAUUGUUUAUUUAGAUUUCAUAAAACCGGCUUAUCCUUCCAAUUUAGUAGAUACUUAUUCUCCAUUAAAGAAACCAUUAGUAAAAGCUCCUACUAGAUCUCAAUUAUUAGAUAACUUAUCAUCUACUAAAAAAUUCGAUGUAAUUAUUAUUGGUGGUGGAGCUGUAGGAACUGGUACAGCUGUUGAUGCUGCUACUAGAGGUCUUAAUGUAUGUCUUUUAGAAAAGACUGAUUUUGCAGCUGGAACUUCAUCCAAAUCAACUAAAAUGGCUCAUGGUGGUGUUAGAUAUUUAGAAAAGGCUAUUUUUCAAUUAUCUAAAGCACAAUUAGAUCUUGUUAUUGAAGCACUUAAUGAAAGAGGUAAUAUGCUUAGAACUGCUCCUCAUUUAUGUUCAGUAUUACCAAUUAUGAUUCCUGUUUAUAAAUGGUGGCAAGUUCCUUACUUUUUUGUUGGAUGCAAAAUGUAUGAUUGGUUUGCUGGUUAUCAAAAUUUAAGAACUUCAACUAUUUUCUCUCGUGAAUAUACUAAUGCUGUUGCUCCUAUGAUUGAUGAUGCUAAUUUAAAGGCUACUUGUGUUUAUCAUGAUGGAUCUUUUAAUGAUGCUCGUUAUAAUGCUACACUUGCUGUUACUGCUAUAGAAAAUGGUGCUACUGUUUUAAAUUAUUUUAAUGUUGAACAAUUGCUUAAAGAUUCUCAAGGUAAAUUAAUUGGUGUUAAGGCUCAAGAUCUUGAAACUGGUAAAUCUUAUACUAUUAAUGCUACUUCUGUUGUUAAUGCUACUGGACCAUUUGCUGAUGCUAUUUUAGAAAUGGAUGAGGAUGCUCAAGGUUUACCUCCAAAAACUGCUAUUCCACCUCGUAUGGUUGUUCCAUCAAGUGGUGUACAUAUUGUUUUACCAGAAUAUUAUUGUCCUAAAGAUAUUGGAUUAUUAGAUCCUGCCACUUCUGAUGGUAGAGUUAUGUUUUUCUUACCAUGGCAAGGAAAAGUUUUGGCUGGAACUACUGAUCAUGCUUUAAAAUCUGUCCCUGAAAAUCCAGUUGCAACUGAACAAGAUAUUGAAGAUAUUUUGAAAGAAUUACAAAAAUAUCUUGUAUUUAAAGUAUCUAAAGAUGACGUUUUAAGUGCUUGGUGUGGAAUUAGACCUUUAGUUAGAGAUCCAAAAAAUAUUCCAAAAGGAGCUGAUUUAACAGGUGCUACUGAAGGUAUUGUUCGUUCUCAUUUAAUUACUAAAACUGAUUCUGACUUGAUAACCAUUAGCGGUGGGAAAUGGACUACUUAUAGAGAAAUGGCUCAAGAAACUGUUGAUACUUUAUUGAAAAACUUUCAAUUUGAUAAUGCAUCUUCAUUAAAACCUUGUCAAACCAAUGAAAUUUUAUUAGCAGGUGGUGAAGAUUAUUCUAAGAAUUAUAUUUCAAGAUUGAUUCAUGAAUAUAAUAUUCCUUAUAAAUUAGCUCAUCAUUUAUCAACUAACUAUGGAUCUCGUGCUCCGUUAGUAUUGGAUCUUUAUUUCCAAUCUGAUUUUAAUAAAUUACCUAUUACUUUGGCUCAUGAUAAAGUAAUUAAACCAUCUACAACAUCCAAUACCGGUAAUUUUGAUUUAUAUCAAAGUGCUGAUGAACCAUUCACAGUAGCUGAAUUAAAAUAUUCAAUUCAUCAUGAAUAUGCUAGAACACCACUUGAUUUCUUAGCUAGAAGAACUAGAUUAGCCUUUUUAAAUGCUAAAGAAGCUCUUGCAGCUAUUGAUGGUGUAUCAGAAAUUAUGAAAUCAGAACUUAAAUGGUCAGACGCUACUACUAAGAAAUUAAAAGCUGAUGCUAUUGAAUAUAUUUCUCAAAUGACUCCAAUCUCUGUUGCUAAGGAAAAGGCAAUUGUUGAAGCUUCAACUGCCAUUGAUAAUGGUACUACUGUAACUACUGUCGUUGCAUAAUUGUGAUGAUUAAUAAUGUUUUAGAUGACCUCCCCAUGUGUCCCAAGUAUUUCUUUCUAGCUUAAUUUUCUUUUCUUUUCUUUUCUUUUCCUUUCUUUUAUUAAUUUUAUUUUAAUUUUAAUUUUAAUUUUAUUUGUUAGUCCAAAUUAAUAUAGAUCUGUAAUAUCUACAA